UGUGACCUACUUGCUCUUCCACUGAACAUCUGCCAUGCCGACAGGCAAACAAAGGUCACAUUCUGCUGAUUUUACCUGAGCAGUGGUCGAGGCAGCAGGUGCAGGGCUGUUUGAUUAUUUUGUCCCGCACCUGCCGCACCUCGGCAGUUCCCCACAGAGCUAAGGAGACCCGAAGGUUCAGUGGGCGUUCUCCGAUCCCACAACCGAGCCAGCUUCCUCUUUUACGCCCAGGAACUUGAGCAGAUGUCAGUGAGCUCCCAGCCUCUGAAGGACAAAGGCCAGCCCUGCAGGUGUACACUCUGAGCUCACUGGGCGCCUGGCCAGCAGGGUUUGCUGUUGCGUGAUUUUAAGGCUGUAAAUCUACAUUUAAAUGUCUAAAGUGUUUAAAUAUCCAGUUGUUUACCGGUUAAAUGAUUCAUAACAUAUACAGUAUAUUUAAUAAAAGUACUCUUGUGACUCUUUUACUCAAAUGUUACUAACUUUAUUUUAACUCAUUUCUACUUUUAAGUUUAAUUGACACACACACACAUAUAUAUAUAUAUAUAUAUAUAUAUAUAUAUAAUAUAUCAAUCAGUGCUUUUAUUAAAUAAUAAAUAAACAAAAGGUUUAAACAAAACAAAACACUACAACAAAAGGGCACGUUGGCCAAACAAAUAAACAAUAAUGAAACAAAUAUACUUUCAAUACAGCAAUUGUUUCUUUCUCUUUGCUCUCUCCGCUCUCCCGUACUCGGGUAGAGAGCUGCAGGUUUAUAUACAGUGACCAUCUCCAGAUUAGCAACAAUUAAUCAAUGAAUUAACUCGGGAGAUGGUCACCGUCUGCACGAGUUUAGUAAGGAUGCGUGACUGUCAGCUAGUUAAAUAAAUCAGUAGCUGAUCAGUCAUGCAUCCUCACAAGGUUUCUAAAAUCUAAAACAAUAACAAAUACGCGGCGCUUUUAUCCACGCCGCAAACAAUACAAAUAAUAACGAAAUAGUGCAUAUAUAUAUAUAUAUAUAUAGGGGCGGGACACUCCGCCACUCAUGCCCCCCCCUUGUGCGCAGCACACAUGGCCUUUUCGGCCACCUCCCCCCUUAGUCCCCAAAGUCCCGGCUAGCAGUCCCGGCCCAGGAACAGGGGAAGCAAGGUUCUCCGGGGGCGACCACGGCGGGAUGUCCUACUCCCACCCAAACAGCUGUAGCGUCCCGGUGGAACGCGCACAGGCCGGCUCCUCCGGCCAAGGAAAUUUUGGGGGUGGUCUCCAGACCUCCCCCCCCCUUCUUCAUGGCCGGCAGCUCCCCUUCGUGGGGCUCUGACCACAGUUUCUCCUGCCGCGAAAGUGUGGCUGGGGGAGCUGGUCUCCUGACCCCCCCCCCCCCUUCUUCGUGGCCGGCAGCUCCCCUUCAUGGGGCUCCAGCCACAGUAUUUCCUGCCGCAUGGCAGGACUGGUAGCGACUCCAGGCGAAGCAGGACCCUCGACGACCCCAGGCAAAGUAGGACCCUCGGGAGGCGACGGCAGCAGCAGCGGUCCCUCGGGAGGCGACGGCAGCAGCAGCGGACCCUCGGGAGGCGACGGCAGCAUCAGCGGACCCUCCGGAGGCGAAUUCGGGAGGGGAGCCCCUGGCCAUGGAGACGGCAUCAGGAGCUCCACUUCUCCCUCGCACCCUAUAACUAGUGGCUCCACAGGCGAUGCAGAGCAGCCGGCAGCCCUAGGCGAUGCGGAGCAGCAGGCAUCCUUGGGCGGUGCGAGGCAGGCAUCCUUGGGCGGUGCGAGGCUGGCAUCCUUGGGCGGAGCGAGGCAGGGCAGGAGCAGUCCUUCCCAUGGCGGUGGAAGUGGAACCAGAAGGUAUUCACCCUCUACUGGUGGAGGUGGGAGCUGCAAGCAGUCCUCCCAUGGCGGUGGAGACAAAGGCAGUUCCUGCUGCUCUGCUCCUAGCGGUGUUGGAGACAAAGGCAGCUCCUGCUGCUCUGCUUCUAGCGGUGGAGGUGUUGGAGACAGAGACAGCUCCUGCUGCUCUGCUUCUAGCUGUGGAGAUAGAGGCAGCUCCUGCUGCUCUGCUCCAGGCGGUAGAGACAGAGGCAGCUCCUGCUGCUCUGCUCCUAGCGGUAGAGACAGAGGCAGCUCCUGUUGCUCUGCUCCUAGCGGUGGCAUAGGCAGAGGCAGCUCCUGCUGCUCUGCUCCUAGCGGUGGAGGUGGCAGAGGCAGAGGCAGCUCCCGCUGCUCUGCUCCUGCUGGUGGAAGCGGCGGAGGCAGAGGCAGCUCCUGCUACUCUGCUCCUGCUGGUGCAAGGGGUGGAGGUGGGGAUAGCGUGUAGUCUCCUCCUGUUGCAGGGAACCGGUGCUUCUCCUUCUCCUCUUCCUGGAGAAUGGGGCAGUUGACCACGAAGUGGCCCCACUCCCCACAGGCAGUGCACCAGUUCACGGCCUCAAGUGCGCUGAGGUAUGCUUCCCAGCUGCCCUUCGGUCGUCCUUCCUCCUCCUCUCCAAGGUGGGGGCAGUUGAUGACGGAGUGGCCCCCCUUCCCGCAGGAAGGGCACCAACUUGAGGCCUCGACCAGGCGAAGGUAGCCAUCCCAACGUCCACUCCUGAGCUUCCCUCUCUUGGGCUGUGGACACACCGACUCCCCCCUCUUGGGCUGUGGACGCACCGACUCCCCCCUCUUGGGUUUUGGACGUUCAGGCUCCUCCCACUCAGGCGCAGGACGUUCGGGCUCCUCCCACUCAGGCGCAGGACGUUCGGGCUCCUCCCACUCAGGUGGUGGAGCCUGCUUCUUUGCCUUCUUGGCACCACCACUCAUUCCCUUCUUCGGGACCAGCAGUUCCACCUCCUGCCAUGGAGGGGGUUGGUCGGGUGCUUUGUGCCCAACCUUGCCGACGGCAAAGCACCACUCCUCCCCUUUGAGGCAGGUGAGGCAGGUUUCCUGAUCCCCCUACGGCGAUGGUAUGUCCUUCAGGCGGAUCCACUCCUCUGCGGUCUCGAACCUCACCUCGAUCGAAGGCCUGCACAAAGAUGGGGUCUUCGUAUGGGCACACAUCAGGGAGGUGCCCAUACUCCAGGGAGGCGAGGCACCAUGUAGCCCCACCUUCCUUCAACUCCCUCUGAUGCUCAUGCCACCUCUUCAUGUAGGCAUCCACUUUAUCCAUUUUUUAUUUAUUUAUUUAUUUAUUUUCCACCAAACACAAAAAUACUAUUCGAAAAAAACAAACAAAAAAAACGCCCUUUGAUUUUCUGGUCCGGCUCCUGGAGGCAGUGUAUCCCUCUUCUGGACAUCAACUUUUAUUAAAUAAUAAACAAACAAAAGGUUUAAACAAACAAAAGGUUUAAACAAAACAAAACACUACAACAAUAGGGCAUCAGACCGUUUUUGAUAAAACUGGCUGCUUGCGCCCCAGGUUGAAAUUUGCAGUCAAUUGCUCGCCUGUUUUGCCUUGCACUUCGAAUUAAUGCAUGGAUAUCACUAUCCUGGAGUAUGCACUUCCGCCCACUGUUGCCCUUUGCUGAUGAUGUCUUUCCCUCGGAGUUCCAUUCCGACAUCACCUUAGACACUGUUGCUUGUGAAACAUCAGCAAGUUGAGCUGUCUUGGUCACUGAAGCUCCUGCCAAACGUGCCCCAACAAUCACCCAUCUUUCAAAGUCACUGAGGUCUCCUCUUGCAGCCAUGCUAGCUAUAAUUAUAGGCAAUCAGGCCUUUCCAGCAUUUUUAUACAUGACCCUAAGCAUGCUGGGAUGUUAUUUGCUUAAUUAACGCAUGAGCCACAUGUGUGGAAGCCCUUGCUUUCAAUAUACUUGGUGUCCCUCAUUUCCAUUUUUUUGUCCACUACCUGUAUGUAUAUAUAUAUAUCUGCCCUUACCGGAUCACAAAAGUGAUGGCGUGAAAAUUGUGUUAUCCUGGGCUGAUUAUAGUAUAUAAAUGAUUGAGCAUUAUCAGUUAAAAUUGAAAAAAAAUAUAUACCUUUGUCAUUGGACUCCAUUAAUUCUAUACCAGAAGGGGGUGUCUCCCAUCUGUGGCUGUGCUUGAGUCCUCAUAUGUCACUUAAACUCCCCCCACCCUCCCUUGAAACAUAAUUACCACUAACUCAUUCUUUGAAGAAAAUAGACACGCAUCAGCAUCUACUGAACAGCUGUACCAUGUUUUAGUAUUACACAAACAUCACUUUACAACUAAAGGUGCAGCACCAUUUAUUUUAAAAUUGUUAGAUACAUUGUCAUAUACUAAUCCAUACCUAAACAACCACUUAAUGUAAAAGUUCUAAGAAUUGUAUUUUUGAGGUUAAGAUCAGAAAGGUUAUUCAGGUGAACUGGUGUUAAUACUGCCAACAAUUUCUGAUAUUCUAUAUAGAUAUAGUUUUCUCCAUAGCAGCCUAAAGUAAGCAGAAACGGAAAAUUCAACUAGGUAUACUUAAGGGUUUCUUUAAAAUGCCUCUAUUGUCUCAUUUGGUGAUUAAGUUUACAAACUCAUGCACGCACACACAUAUAUAAUCAUAACUAUUGUAUACUUUUGAUUUUAGUGAACUAUUUGAUAUGGGUAGCAAAAGACCAGAGGGGUGUGUGUGUGUGUGUGUGUGUGUGUGCAAUUGAAUUCUGAAGAAAGAGUGGUGAAAUAGCCUUUCCAGUAGCAGAUGGUGUGUCAGAACCUGGGAUUCACCUUCUAUGAGCAAACCAAGGCAUUUGAUAUCUGUUUAACCCUACAACUCACACAUGACAGGAGGUUUAUUUAGUCUGUCUGAUCAUAUAGAAAUCUUUCAAGGCUGCUUGUGUCCCUGUUACAGACUGUCACAGCUAAGAGGCUUGAUUUGCUCCUAAUAUUUUAAGGAACCAAUGACUAUAACCUUAAGUUUGAAUACAGGAAACAACAUAAGCCAGUCUCUCUUUUAUGACUUGCUUGAUGGAGUCUGCAAUGUGUUUAAAAAUAAAUAAAUAAAGGCGCAUCCCUGUAUUUUAAUGUGUGUUUUGUUUUCUGAGCAAUGGGUAUGCCAGUUAUUGCCUCCUAACUGCAUCAUGUUUACUUGGCUCCUGAUGAUGUACUGACAAGCAGGUUGUAAGGAGGAAGUACAUUGUGUCUAUAAACUGCCAUUAAGGGAGAGCACGAAAUCUUAAACUGUGGAAUAGUUUACUAUACAAACACCACAAGGUGACAUCUUGGUAGAGAUGCUACAUUUAUUGUGAGCCGUGCUUUCCUUUUUGUUUUGUGAUGGGAAAUGUCAGAAUCUAAUGAAAAAAUGUGAUGUCUUCUCUUUUUGAGAAAAAAAAAAGUUUUGUCAGUGCAUAUAUUAGACUAAUAUGCAAAUUAAUGUUUUCAGCUGUACCCAUUUUUUUCGCUUGUUUUAGGAUACUAAA